AUAACUAUGGUUGACUUUUAUGAUCAAGCUGAAUUGAAUUGAAGUGUUUGGUUGACUGCUACGAAUACACAUCUCUGGAUUGAUCCCAGGGCUCACCAUAUCCGUUAGACCUGUAAGUCUGUAACGAUUAAGUAUUGUCCUCUGUGAAAAACCCAAUAAUAAUGUCUUCACCAUUCUACUCCACAACCGCAACACAUCACCGGAGAAAACCUCAAAGCAUCAAGGAGCAAGUAAUUACUUCGGUUUGUGGACCCAUACAACUCGACAUUGAUCCGGGUCCGAAUCCCCGACCGGUAUUCAAGGUCCUAGCAUUCGGGUCAAUCAUAUUACUCCUCUUCCUGCAGUUCUUACCCGCAACCCAUUUUCGUCACCCCUCUGAUCGUCUCAGAAAUUGGUUCCCUUUCCCUCCUACUUUAAUAAAAGAUAGGGCUUUUGUUGAGGGAAGUUCUAGUCUCAAGACGGAAAAGGAUGGAAAUGAUGGAAUGGUGCACAUUGUCUCCUGGAUGGACUGUUUAGACCUUCGAUUACUUGCUGUCCUUGCUAAUUCCACGCUGUCGAGCUCAAGGUCUUCAGAAAUGAUUUUCUUUCAUUUCUUUAUUCCUAAUGGAAUUGAAGAUACAGUAUCAUAUUUUAAGUUGAAAGUAUUAUUUCCACACUCAAACAUCAAAAUUCAUGGGCAGGAAGAAGUCAAGGAAGCAGUCAACACAGCUAUAUCUGGGGUAGAAUAUUCAGAAUUAAGUUUUGAGAAAGUAGCACCUUUUGUCAUUCCAAAAGUCCACCAGUAUUUAAAGAAGUUCAUAUAUGUGUCACCAAGUGUAAUAAUGACGGGAAGAGUUGAAGAACUAAUUGGAAUUGAGUUGAGCAAUUAUGCAGUUGCAGCUGCGGAGAACUGUGACAAAAAAUUAAGCAAUUUGGUUAAUACAGAUGUGUUGGAUGCUAUCCAAAGAUCUGUUUCAAAGCCAUGGGUUUCUGAGACCCCUUAUGCCAAGAAUUCAUGCGUACCAGACUUAAAUGUGCUGUUGAUCAAUGCAAGGAAAUUUGAAGGAGACUUUCUGCAAGCUGUCCUAUGGUGGAGAAAAGUUCUAAAUCAGAGUGAAAGGAAUGGCACUGAGAACACAGCAUUUGUGUUAGCACUGUACAAUAGAUAUCUCAAGCUUUCUGAUCCUUGGUUGGUGAGAGAGGUACCGUCGUUAGAAAUCAUCAAUAGCAGUAUACUCAUCAAUUACGAUGGACCCAAAAGAGUUUGCUCCAAAUUUGGUACGGACAAAGUUGGAGAAGCUGAUCACGGAAAAAUCUGGAGAGGAUACCUUCCUCCACUGGCAGACCGAAUCUUGGGCGAUUAAAACUUCACCUGCAUCUCAUUAUCCUUCAGUAUAGAACUUCAUUCAGAUCCAGUGACAUAAGGUUUUCUACGAAAUGAAGACAUUAUAUACCUUUGGUAUAAGCUUCAAGAAAGAUUCUUCUUUUCUUACAUGGAUAUAUGCUUCUUUUAUUUUAAUAUCAGUUGGAGUUGGACAUCCUCUAAUGUUAUUAGUUUGAAUAGAAUUUAAUCACCGAUUCAACAAUGCAUGAUGCAUCCAUUAGGUUUGCUUUUAUUUCUAAUAUAGCUUUGUAAUGGUGUUAUAUCCGAAUUCGAGCUAAAUAUAAUUAGCUCCGGACACCAAACCGCAGCUCGUAUAUUCCAUUAA